AUGGCGCAGACAAUGAAAGAGAAGGAGCUCUCGAGCUCUCCAUUAGCGGCUCAAACACCACCAGAAGGCUCCUCAGCUGGUGGUAGCAGCAUUUAUGACGACAUGGAUCCCUUUGUUGAUGAGCGGCUGCACGGCGAAGACCCAUCAUUGCGUCGUGGCCGAUAUGACGAACGAGGGUUUCUGAUCGGGUUCGAAAAUUCAACAGCGUACACUCAACCGAGACCUGCCCCAUCGCCCACCAAAGGCCGCAAUCCAGUGCUGACAGCAGCUUGUUCGCCACCUUCAACCCCUCCGAAUGAGCCUCUUCCUCUCCUUCCUCUGCAUCAACCAUUGAUCGCGGUCCCCUACCAAUCGACCCUGCCGUGGAAUUCGGAGCCGCCCUCGAUUCUUCCAACGACUCCAUUCAAGCUUAGUGAAGCAUAUCGAAAUCGUUGCCUGAACCAGUGUCUUGGCCGGAAAUCGACGAGCAGGAAAGGCCGAUAUAACCUGCAAGGCUACUGGCUGAGCCGGCGGACUUUGAGAGGGUUCGGGCAGCAGGAACAAGAAAGUGGGCUGCAGAUGGCUGUUGUGAGGGAAACCGAACAGUCAAGCCCGUCGAACGACUCUGGAAGGUCGCAGCCUCUUUGGAGUCGCGUCAGAGACAGCGUACGCCGAAGCAACACUCUGACUAGACUGAGUCUGUCAAAUUCGUUCCAGGAGCUCGCCAGGACGGCAGAGCGUAUCGGCUAUCAGCCGCCCUUCUGA